CACUUGACAUUAUUUAUAUAUUAGUGUUUUCCUUCCGAGUAUUCUCUCGGCCGUUGUCACCUCUUCUUUCUCACUCACCAAACCAAACCACCGUAUCUCGCCCUUUCGCCAUCUCAACAGACGCAUAUUACGCCACCUACCCAGCAGUCAACCAAAUCCAGCGCCACGAAUGGCUCAGCUGACUCAACGCGCCGCCACCUUCCAGAGAACCCUCUCCGCCGCGGCCUUCUCGGUUUCCUCCACGCGCUGCCUCAACACCGCCUCGACCUCCCCAAUUACUGUUGAGACCUCACUCCCGUUUACCGGUCACAAGAUCGAUCCCCCGUCCCGCUCAGUUGAGACCACCCCUCAGGAACUGCUCUCCUUCUUCAGGGACAUGGCUCUAAUGCGCCGCAUGGAAAUCGCUGCCGAUUCGCUUUACAAGGCAAAACUUAUCCGCGGAUUUUGCCAUCUCUACGACGGUCAGGAAGCUGUCGCCGUCGGGAUGGAAGCUGCAAUCACAAAAAAGGAUUGCAUAAUCACCGCAUAUCGGGAUCACUGUAUCUUCUUGGGGCGUGGAGGGACGCUUUUGGAAGCGUUCGCGGAGCUUAUGGGGAGAAAAGACGGGUGCUCAAAGGGGAAGGGAGGUUCGAUGCAUUUUUAUAAGAAGGAAGGAGGGUUUUAUGGCGGACAUGGGAUUGUUGGCGCGCAGGUUCCUUUGGGGUGUGGAUUGGCUUUCGCACAGAAGUACAGCAAGGACGAGAAUGUGACGUUCGCGAUGUAUGGCGAUGGUGCUGCGAACCAGGGGCAGCUAUUUGAGGCGUUGAAUAUGGCGGCGCUGUGGGAUCUGCCUGCUAUAUUGGUCUGCGAGAAUAAUCACUAUGGAAUGGGCACCGCAGAAUGGAGGGCGGCGAAGAGUCCAGCAUAUUACAAGAGAGGAGAUUAUGUUCCAGGAUUGAAGGUGGAUGGUAUGGAUGCCCUCGCUGUGAAACAAGCUUGCAAGUUUGCAAAGGAGUAUGCCCUCAAGAAUGGACCAAUUAUUCUCGAAAUGGACACCUACAGGUAUCAUGGACACUCUAUGUCUGAUCCUGGAAGCACCUAUCGUACGCGUGAUGAGAUUAGUGGUAUCAGACAGGAACGUGAUCCUAUUGAAAGAAUCAGAAAGCUUAUACUAUCUCAUGAUCUAGCCACUGAAAAGGAACUGAAGGAUACUGAGAAAGAAGUAAGGAAAGAGGUAGAUGAAGCCAUUGCACAAGCUAAGGAGAGUCCCUUGCCUGAUCCGUCAGAGCUUUUUACUAAUGUAUAUGUCAAAGGCCUGGGGGUUGAGGCAUUUGGAGCAGACAGAAAAGAAUUGAGAGCUGUGCUUCCAUGAAUAGGAAAAAACGUAAACACACCUUCCACCAGACCCGAUUCAUGGACCAACAGGCAAUAAAAACAAAGAGAAGUUGAGACAAUAAGAGCUUCUUUUGAGAAUGUCGCUGAAGAAAGCUUCCUCAGUUUUGAUUUUACUAUUCUUUCCCGUUUACUCACUUUGUGCAUGUCAGAAGAUUUCUCUUUGCUGAUACUGUAACAACAUGUAAUUUAAGUCUGUUUUGUUGGGAGGCUCAACUUUUGCUUGUAUUGUUUGUUUCACUUUCUUACCCCACUGUAACUGAUUUUGCAGUUUGGUGAUUUCUGAUUAGAUUUGCACUCUUACUA